AUGUCCUGCUCCAGCCUGUGCGUCCCUUCCUGUGGGGUGGCCGCCCCGGCCCCACUGGCCAACAGCGCCAACGAGCCCUGCGUGCGGCAGUGCCCUGACUCCACGGUGGUGAUCCAGCCCCCGGCCUCGGUGGUCACCUUCCCCGGGCCCAUCCUCAGCUCCUUCCCGCAGUACAGCGUUGUUGGCUCGGCGGGAUUCCCCGGUGUUGGAGGGGGCUAUGGCGGCACUUUUGGAGGCCGUGGCGGAUUUGGAGGCUUAGGGGGCUAUGGGGGGUAUGGAGGCCUUGGAGGCUAUGGGGGCUAUGGGCUUUAUGGGGGCUAUGGAGCCUUUGGGGGUUGCGGAUAUGGUGGCUGGGCCCGAGGCCACGGGUACCUCAGUGGCAACUGCGGGCCCUGCUAA